CGAGAGCAGACCUGCGUUCUUUAUCAGGUGGAGAUUCUGCUGGGAGUCGGCCACUGCAGCCUCGGUCAGCCUCGGAAACACUUUCUUCUGCUGGAGCUCGCCCACCAACCAGAACCAAGAUGCCCAAAACAAUCAACGUACGCGUCACCACGAUGGACGCAGAGCUGGAGUUCUCCUUCCACCCCAACACCACAGGGAAGCAGCUCUUUGACCAGGUUGCCAGGACCAUCGGACUGCGUGAGAUUUGGUACUUUGGGCUGCAGUUUAUCGACGCCAAAGGAUUCCUCACCUGGUUGAACUCUGAAAAAAAGGUGAUGUCCCAGGAUGUGAAGAAGGAGACUCCCCUGCAGUUCAAGCUGAGGGCCAAGUUUUACCCGGAGGACGUGGCCGAGGAGCUGAUCCAGGACGUCACCCGCAGGCUCUUCUACCUUCAGGUGAAGGAGGACGUUCUGGGGGAGGACAUCUACUGCCCUCCAGAGACCGCUGUGCUGCUGGCCUCUUAUUCUGUCCAGGCCAAGUACGGAGAGCAGGACAAGUCAGAGCAUCAACCAGGUUACCUGUCCUCUGAGCGCCUGCUGCCCAAGAGAGUGCUGGAACAACACAAGCUGUCCAAGGAGCAGUGGGAGCAGAGGAUCCAGGUCUGGCACGAGGAGCACAGAUCACUGCUGAAGGAAGAGGCGAUGAUUGAGUACCUGAAGAUCGCUCAGGACCUGGAAAUGUACGGCGUCAACUACUUUGAGAUCAAGAACAAGAAGGGCUCAGACCUGUGGCUGGGAGUCGACGCUCUGGGACUGAACAUCUAUGAGAAGGAGGACCGGCUGUCUCCAAAGAUUGGAUUCCCCUGGAGUGAAAUUAGGAACAUUUCUUUCAGCGAUAAGAAAUUCGUCAUCAAGCCUAUAGAUAAGAAAGCCCCUGAUUUCAUCUUCUACGCUCCACGACUGCGAGUCAACAAGCGCAUCCUGCAGCUGUGCAUGGGCAACCAUGAACUGUACAUGCGCCGCCGCAAGACAGACACCAUCGAGGUUCAGCAGAUGAAGGCUCAGGCCAAAGAGGAGAGGUUGCAGAAAAAGAUGGAGAGGGAUCAGCUGGAGCGUGAGAAGAAGAAGAGGGAGACCAUGGAGAGAGAGAAGGAGCAGAUGGAGAGAGAAAAGCAGGAUUUGAUGAUGAAGCUCCACCAGUUUGAAGAGACGACCAAGAGAGCAGAGAGAGAGCUUCAGGAGCAGCUGGACAGGGCCAUGAGGCUGGAGGAGGAGAGGAGGAGGGUGGAGCAGGAGGCGGCCCGGCUGGAGGCUGAGAGGAUGGAGGCCAUAAUAGCCAAGGAGGAGCUGGCCAGGCAAGCUGAGGACCAGAUGAAGAGCCAGGAGCAUCUGGCCGCAGAGUUGGCCGAGUACAGCGCCAGGAUCACUCUGCUGGAGGAGGCCAAGAAGGAAAAGGAGGAAGAGGCUGAGUCAUGGCACAGCAAGGCUAUAGAAGUGGAGGAGAAUCUGAUUAAGACGAAGGAGGAGCUGCACACUGUGAUGAGCUCUUCUAACUCAACUCCUCUUAAGAUUGCUGCUCCCUCCUCCUCCUCCUCUUCCUCCUCCUCGGACAACGAGAGCGACCACGAGCACAGCGAGGAGAACAGCACCUACAGCGCCGAGCUGCAGACGCAGGGCCUCGGCGACCACCGCCAGGAGGAGGAGCGACUCACCGAGGCCGAGAAGAACGAGCGCUUGCAGAAACAGCUGAAGGACCUGAGCUCAGAGCUGGCAGAAGCACGAGACGACACCAAGAAGACCCAGAACGAUGUGCUCCACGCAGAGAACGUCCGAGCCGGCCGCGACAAGUACAAGACCCUGCGUCAGAUCCGUCAGGGACAAACCAAGCAGAGGAUCGAUGAGUUUGAGGCCUUGUAGAAAACCUCAGAGACCUGAAGAUCUCUCCCAAAUACCUCAAGAAGGCCCCGUCCAGCAAUGCCUUGUAAUUAAAGUGUGAUGUAAUGGCAGCCCCACACCUGAUUUUUUUUUUUUUUUUUUUUUUUAAAGACCCAGAAAAGCAUGAAGCUGAUCUGUGUAAGAGUACAUGAGUUUUAUUUUAUCCGACCUAACUUUUGCUUGAGAAGCACUUUUUUUGUUUAAUUUUCUUUUGUAGCUCUCAAACACCUCCAAUGUGCUGUUUAGUCCCAUUACAACAUAGCAGAGAGCUAGUGUGUUCCUGAUGCGCUGUAUGAACAAAAUUACAUAUCUUAUGAUAAACGAUCAAAAAAGUUAUCAUAUGCACAUGUUUUGUUAUUAUACCAAAGCGAAGUGGUUAAAUUUAGAUUUAUUUCAUGAAUUGCAAUCAGUGACUUAUAGAACUGCAACUUAUGAUUCUUUUUCCUUACAGACACAUGCAUUGAUGAUUUUCUUCCAUUAUUACAUCAUGUCUUUUAUGAUGCUUGUUUUGUCCAACCAACAGCCCAAAACCCCUGACAUACUAACAUUUUAUAAAAACAUAAAUCAAAGACAAACAAAGCAAAUCCUCACAUUUGAGAAGCUGAACUUAAAAAAAAAAAAAAAAAGAUUAUCAAAAAUUCAUUUUCUGUUGAUCAACUAAUUGAUGAAUCCGUUAACAGUUUCAGCUCCUUCCGCACCUGUUUUCCGAAAAAAUAAUAGCAAUUUAUUUAACUAGUUUUAUCACGCUCUCAAUCUCACACAAUGUUCAAAUGAAUUGGCUUCAUGAUUUUUACAUCAGAGAUACAAGCAAAACCUUUUAAGUUUGCUUUUACCACACAGGGACAUCUAAUCCACUAUGUUUUUGGCGCUGGUGUUUAUUUAAAUUACCUUCUGCUUUGAGUGUUGUCAUUCUGAAUUUAAAGGAUCCUUUUUAUGUAAUUAAAGUUUUUCAGGUAAAA